AUUAUAAGCGUGCAAACGAGUUCGUUAAUUCGUCGCACAGAAAGGUUUAGUCGAGACGCCUUGAACUGUUCGCGUAACGCUCCUGUAACGUGUAUUAAGUAAUCGGGUGAACGUGCUGAUUCGCAGAGAGACCGAGAUAAUGACAGUGAAAGCGGAGGAGGGCGAACGUCCGAAGAUCGAGACCUUCGACGACAUUCUGCCGCACGUCGGCGAGGCCGGCCGCUAUCAAUGGUUCCUUUUCAUCGUUCUACUGCCCUUCACCUUCGUCUACGCGUUCCUGUACUUCACCCAGUUCUUCAUCACCCUGGUGCCGGCCGAGCACUGGUGCAAAGUGCCGGAACUCGACAAAUGGAACCUCACCAUUGAUGAAACGAUCGCAUUGGCUAUACCUCCGGCGCAAACGGAGGAGCUUAAGAUAGAAGGUACGAAGUCGUUCUCGCGAUGUACCAUGUACAACGUGAAUUACACCGAGGUGAUGCAAAACGGUAUCAGAAAAGCGGAUCCGUCGUGGCCCGUGGUACGCUGUCAAAACGGUUGGGACUUCGAUCACAAGAUGGUACCAUACGAGUCGAUAGGUAUCGAACUCGCGUGGGUCUGCGAGGACACAUACCUCGGCUCCGCGGCCCAGUCCACCUUCUUCGUCGGCAGCAUGAUCGGCGGCUUAAUAUUCGGUUAUAUAGCCGACCAUUACGGCAGGCUUUCAGCGUUGGUAGCGUGCAACACGGUCGGCUUCCUCGCCUCCGUAGGCACCGCGUUCUGCAACAACUUCUGGAGCUUCUGCCUGGCCAGGCUCGUCGUCGGUACCUCCUUCGAUAAUUGCUUCAACGUACUCUUCAUCAUCGUGAUCGAGUACGUCGGUCCAAAGUAUCGAACUCUGCUCGCGAACAUGUCGUUCGGGAUCUACUUUGCAGCGGCAUCGAGUAUUCUACCUUGGAUAGCUUACUGGAUCGCAGAUUGGAGGAUACUCAGCGUGGUGACUGCGUGUCCCAUGGUGGUCGCUUUCAUCACCCCGUGGAUCGUCCCCGAAAGCGCACGUUGGUACAUAACCAGCGGCAAAGUGGACAAGGCGAUCGAGAUGUUGAAGAAGCUCGCGAAGGUGAACGGCCGGGAGGUGAAGCAGGAGGUAUUUGAUGAGUUCGAGAAGAGUUGCAGAGCUAUGAACGAGAAGGACAAGCAGCUGAACAACUAUACUGUCCUGGAUCUGUUCAAACUACCACGUCUCGGUCGUAUCACAGUCACCCUCAUCAUUUAUUGGUUGCUCAUGGUUUGGGUGUUUGACGGUCACGUUUGGAACAUGAAACUUCUAGACCGGGACGUCUUCAUGUCUUUCUCGCUGGCCGCCCUCACGGAACUUCCAGCUGCUAUUCUGCUCGCUCUCUUCUUGGACAGAUGGGGCAGAAGAUGGAUGGGUUUCGCGUCGAUGUGCAUCUGCGGAAUCUUCUCCUUCAUAGAAAUCGUAUAGGAAAAAGAAAGGUCUGUCGAACCCGGCAUUCAACGGCAGCGUACAAAAACUCGACUGCACUAGAUUAUAGCGACUGAUCCGGUCGUGCGAAACUUGCCAAAUCUUUUGUAAAUAUAGUCGUACAAACCUUGUGAAUGUGUGAUGCUAGAUAUUAAGAUGUAUCAUGAAUGUGUUGAGAUAUACGUAGAAUCAUUAAACUUCCUAGCGAUUCGUUGAGAAAGAAACCUGGAAUGAGUAAGUGUGUAGCUGAAUUCUGGACGUAGAGAAAGUGUCGAGCCUAUGUCUUCCUGUUACGAAGAGGAUAACGUGCUACAGUAUUUAUACAAAUUUUAUUUUCGACGUCUGUUCUAUGAAUUAAGGAAAUAAGAUAAUCAUCAUGAAAAUAAUAAACGUAAACGAAGUAUCUUUUA